CACAAAAACUUAGCCGUAUGCGUAGCCGGAGCCGUUUUGCGCGCUUCGUCGUCGUAGUUUUUUGAUAAUAUUGUGCAACUUAAUUGUUUCCAAUAGUUUUUCGUUAUUAAAUGUGUCUAUAAUCUAUCUAAAAAGUUUCAAUGUAAUCAUCAAAAGUGCCAGACUGUUCACAUCUUCAAAAAAUGACUAGAAUAAAAGUUGACUCCAGAUCACUGAUCCCGGCGGUGCUUGUCAUCGCACUAUGUUCCCUCUCACUUCCGGUGACCGCCGCCGACGAUAGCGACAUAAUUAAUCCCAACUGGAAACGACCCAGCAUUUGGAAUCGAGGCCACACUGCGGAACAAUGUGCCGAAUGUCCGCCGGUGGAACCGUGUCCGCCGUGUGAGGCGCCGUCGGCACCACCGACUGCAUGCCGGCAUAAGCACUGCGAGCAGGACUUUGUGCUGUUUAAAAAGUUCCUUCGACGGCUGUUUGACGAUAAGCGACUGCACAAGGACUUUGAGUCGGAUUUCCUGCUUGGGCACAUUCAGCUAAAGAUAACGCAGCACCAGCUGGACAUGCUGAGACAGGCCAAAACUACACGCGAACUGGACGGGAUCGUGUCAAGUGUUGUGGAGCAGUCCGAGGGUGGAGGGGUUGGUUAUUUCGCGUUGGCUACGGAGAGCUUUUGCUGGAGCAUCGGAGAGCUGGCAAGGAUGGUUGGCGCCAACGGGUACUUUUUGUAUGUGUUCGUUCCGACGCUGGGUCUACUGGGAGUUUACUGGCUGGUCAAGGUGAACGCACGGAUUAUGGGUAUCCAUCCGCUGGUGGCGCUGAUAUUGAUGGCCUUGCUGAUGACCUACGCAAUCACCUACCGGGACUGUAACCGUCGGAUGGAGGCCGACGCGCUGGCCAAGAUGAGCUUCAGGGACGAAAGAAAUCCUUGUCAGCAACGUGCGCUGCGUAACACAGGUUUCUCCGGUUGGGUUAUGGAUCUUGUGGGCGGAAGCAGCGAGGCACGCUGUCGGGAGUACAUCCAACAACAAUCCAACGAAGACGCGGUCAAUCUCUGCGACCCGUCGACGGUGGCCAUCGAGAUGAUGGCAAAACUGCAGAUGCACUACUUUGAGACGUUCGUUCAGAAAAUGGUAGCCAUCUUUAAAACUUCUACAGCGGGUUCCGGAUUGGUCGGGUCCAUCCUGAUUGGGCUGUUUAUUUGCGGGCUUCUCUACAUCCUGGUGACCACGGGGGUCAAAUACGGCAUAUACGGAGGUUUCAACUUCUUAGGAGCCUGCCUCACCGGAGGGACACGCCCAGCCCAUCCUACAAACGCCCUGUCGGCUGGCCAACAACAGCAACUGCCGAUAACCCUCAACAUCAACCUGACCCAUCCGGCCGGUAGCAUCAGCUCGCGCAUCGACACCAAUCGCAUCGAGGAAAUUGCCGAACCUAGGGCUGCGUUGGCACUCGAAUCGACGCCGUUGCUUGACGAGGAGGGGUCCGGGGAUGCACCAAAAAUUUUGCCAGAGAAGCAGGAGAGGGGGAAAGAUAACGAGGAUAGAACUAAUAAGAGUGACGCACCCGCGACAGAAGCUAGUGAUGACCAAAGAGAAGAAACGGUGGGGCCCUAAAUUGAUGAUAUUUUUUUUUUGUAAUCUUAAGCAUUUCGUACACACGUGUCCUUACGCUUGAAUAAAAUUCUAAUAUACAUAA